AUGUGGAGUAAAGAUGGACAUCCUGUAGAGAAGAAGAGGAGCAUCAACAACCAGAUGCAGCUCCACCCAGUCAGAUAUGAAGAUGGAGGCAACUACACCUGUGCUGUUGAAGGACAUGAGGAUCGCCCAUCUCCAGCAAUGAUACUCAAUGUCCAGUAUCCUCCAAGGAACACGCUGGUUUCUAUCACCUUUUCCAUGGAAACACUAGAGGGCGCUAUUGUGACUCUGACCUGCAGCAGUGAUGCCAACCCACCAGUGGAGAUCUACACCUGGUUUAAGGUGGGUGAGUCCACUCCAGUAGGAUCAGGACAGCAGUACAACAUCACUAACUUCAGCUCUGAGGAUGGAGGACAGUACUACUGUGAGGCCAGGAAUGAACAUGGAGCUUAUAACUCUACAGCUGUGUCCAUCACAGUUACAGACGCUGUUGCAUCAGAGUGGAAUGUAACUUAUGAACAACUGCACAUCUGUGCUGUAGAAGGGUCUUCGGUGGACAUGUCCUGCAGUUAUACAUACCCUCGUGAUCGAAUUCUUGAGAAAGUUUUCUGGACAAUAAUAAACUCAAGGGAUCCACCUGAUCUUAUCCAAGAUGAAAAGUACAAAGAGAGAAUCAGGACAGACUGUGGGGACAGGAAGUCAGGAAGUUGUACUCUAAACCUUAAAGGGGUGAAGAGAGAAGAUGCUGUCAUGUACUACUGCAGGAUUGUCACCAAUGGAACAACUUAUGGAACAUUCCUCGGCAAACCAGGAGUCACCCUGUAUCUCACAGACCUGAAUGUGCGCGGUGCCCAGAAUGCAAAAGAGGGAGACAUCGUGAACCUCACCUGUGAGAACACUUGUCCUCAGAGAAGCAGCCCUUCAUUCAUGUGGAGUAAAGAUGGACAUCCUGUAGAGAAGAAGAAGAACAUCAACAACCAGCUGCAGCUCCACCCAGUCAGAUAUGAAGAUGGGGGCAGCUACACCUGUGCUGUUAAAGGACAUGAGGAUCUUCCAUCUCCAGCAAUGAUACUCAACGUCCAGUAUUCUCCCAAGGAGACUAAUGUGUCACUCAGUUCCUCUGGUCAGUUGGUUGAAGGCAACACUCUGGGGUAUAUUACAACACUAGAGGGCGCUAGUGUGACUCUGACCUGCAGCAGUGAUGCCAACCCACCAGUGGAGAACUACAACUGGUUUAAGGUGGGAGAGUCCACUCCAGUAGGAUCAGGACAGCAGUACAACAUCACUGACAUCAGAAAUGAGGAUGGAGGACAGUACUACUGUGAGGCCAAGAAUGAAGUUGGAGCUGAUAACUCCUCUGUAGUACUGUUGCAUGUAACGUCGGGUGGCAGAGGCACGGUGAUGUACGCCCUCAUUGCCGGCGCAGCUGGCGUGGGCGUGGCUCUUCUCUGUGGUGCCGUGUGGAUGAGGCAUCGAAACGGGAAUAAGGAGACUCGAAGAGAAGAUGUGGACGGACACCAGUAUGCCAACACUGGCUUCCAGAGGUCUCUCCAGAGUAUAGCCUCUGCUCCCGCCAGUGCUGAGGCUGCAGGAGGAGCAGAGGAUGUUCCUCAGUACUCCACCAUCCAGCCCCACGGCUCCAGA